GGCGGGACGCAUUACUAAGGCGACGGGCUGGACGCCUCCCCGCUCCGGGAUGAAUUAGCGGCGGGUUCUGCUAGCAGGUUGUGACCCCCCGUGGAGUCGCAGUCUCUCUCUCCAGUGUCCCCGCAACGUCGCGCGGUUCCCCCCGGCGUGGCCCAGGUGCGCGGCCCGCGGUGUCAGAAUCAUGGUGUCAUGGAAGGGGAUUUAUUUUAUACUCUUCCUGUUUGCGGGAAGCUUUUUUGGAAGUAUUUUUAUGCUGGGUCCCAUUAUUCCUUUGAUGUUUAUAAGCCUGUCAUGGUAUCGCUGGAUCAGCAGCCGCCUUGUGGCUACAUGGCUCACGCUUCCUGUGGCGUUGUUGGAGACCAUGUUUGGUGUAAAAGUGGUUAUCACAGGUGAUGCAUUUGUACCUGGAGAAAGGAGCGUCAUCAUCAUGAACCAUCGGACAAGAGUAGACUGGAUGUUCCUGUGGAAUUGUCUAAUGAGAUACAGCUACCUCAGAUUGGAGAAAAUUUGCCUCAAAUCCAGUCUCAAAAGUGUUCCUGGAUUUGGCUGGGCCAUGCAAGCUGCUGCCUUCAUCUUCAUUCAUAGGAAGUGGAAGGACGAUAAGAACCAUUUUGAAGACAUGAUUGAUUAUUUUUGUGACAUCCGUGAACCACUACAACUUCUCAUCUUUCCAGAAGGAACUGACCUCACAGAAAAUAACAAGGCUCGGAGUAAUGAUUUUGCUGAGAAGAAUGGACUUCAAAAAUACGAAUAUGUCUUACAUCCAAGAACUACUGGAUUUACUUUUGUGGUGGACCGUCUAAGAGAAGGUAAGAACCUCGAUGCUGUCCAUGACAUCACUGUGGCAUAUCCUUACAACAUUCCUCAGACUGAGAAACACCUCCUGCUUGGAGACUUUCCCAAGGAGAUCCACUUCCAUGUCCAGAGGUAUCCAAUCGACACCCUUCCCACAUCCAAGGAGGACCUUCAGCUCUGGUGCCACAAGAGGUGGGAAGAGAAGGAAGAGAGACUGCGGUCCUUCUACCAAGGAGAAAAAAACUUUCACUUUACUGGGCAGAGCACAGUUCCACCUUGCAAGUCUGAGCUCAGAGUCCUUGUGGUCAAGCUGCUCUCCAUACUGUACUGGACCGUGUUCUGCUCUGCAAUGUGCCUGCUCGUAUAUUUGUACAGUCUUGUUUGGUGGUAUUUCAUAACCAGCAUCGUGUUUUUCGUGCUGCAGGAGAGAAUAUUUGGUGGACUGGAAAUCAUUGAACUUGCAUGUUACCGCUUUUUCCACAAGCACACACAUUUAAAUUCAAAGAGAAACAAGUAAGCCUGCCGGUCACAUUUACAUGUGAAACCCUAGGGGCGUUAUGGAAAUGCACAGCCUUUGUAAACCAAGAUGAGUUCUGCAUGACUAUGUCAAAUGUUUCUUACUAUCAUCAUCCUUUGUUAAAGAUAUUUUGCACUUAAUUUUGUGGGGGAAAUAUUGCUACAGUUUCUUUAAAACCUCUGAAUGUAAUUCCAAUGCUGCAUAUGUAGCAGGGUCAAUCGCUGUGAAUAACUCGGGCCACAAUAUUAGCAACAAUCAGCAAGCUGUUGAGACAAGAUGGCAAGCUUUUCUGAAAGGGUCAACCCGCUUCUGACAGGCUGCCAGCCCAGGGACAGGCCUGGCACCAUGAACAUGGGCUCCAGCAUGCGGAGGCAGGUGGUAGCCUGGCUUCCCCAUGGGCACGGUCUUUAUCCUUUUCCAGCAGUCAAACUGAAAUUGUCGUGUCCUAAACUGAUCACCAUUUCAUAGGGAGCCCUCCAUGGCUCAUGGUCUCCUGUGCUGAAUGAGACAGCAGGAGACCCCUCUUCCUCCCUGGGAAGUCACACCUGCACUCUGGUUAGGAGCACCUUCAGGCUCUCCAUGUGGGUUUUCAAGGUCAGAAACUGGUUCAGCUUGCGCUUAGCAGGUGUAACUUCAUCUUCAGUGUGAACGACACAUGUAAAGAUGUGCUAGAAGAACAUUCUGGUAUUUCAGACACAAACUGUCUUAUGAAAUACUUUUUUAGAACCUACACACAAUGGAAGGCAGGUAUGUCCUGUGCAUGUAGGGUGUCCACCUUUCGCCAUUAGAGCUACAACAAAAAUGCCCGCAGACAGGAAGGCAUAGCCAAAGCCCCCAAGCCUUGAUCAACUUUACUCUUAAAACCAAAAAUGCUAACCCAGAAAGAGCCCUUUCAAUGAUAGCAAGGACUUCCUCUCUAAUUCUCAACAGUAACAUUUAAAGCCACACUGACCAACUGUUUAUCACAUCAUCCUGUCAUCUGGAAGCAGAGAAGACCCAGCAGACCCAUAGCACCAGUGCCCUGGGUGAGAGAAGCAUGUGGCCAUUGUUUCCACUGAGCUGCAUGGUCCUGGCUUUUGUGACGGGGGACACAGAGGCACAUAAAAUAGUUCAGCUGUUAGCAAACCUGUCACCCCACCCCGGGCAGUCUGAACAGCUGUCACUGCCCUGUGUCCUCAGACAGGAAUUCACCUUCCUGCUCAGCUCACCAAGCACAUUCUUGAGGAAGCCCUGGUGGGGACAGAACACCGUCAGCGUAUCAUGUUUGUUUGGUUCUUUUGGAGUUUGUGUGUAUGUUUCAGUGGGAGUGUUAAGUGGUGCCUCUAGUGAAACACACCAGCCUGUAGUUAACCGCUCCACCAGAGCUCAUUUGAAUCCUGCCCGGAGCUCACUAAUUAGUUCCUGUACACAUCUGCUCUCAGCACAGCUGUGUGACUUUAUAGUUUCUAAGGGUAAAAACACACAAAAAAGAACUUUUUUUUUUCUUUCUCUUAAUGAGAAAGACUUCUAAUUUUAAGUUUUUCUGUGACUUCCAUGGAUCAAAUUUGAACAUGGAAAUAGCUAACAAUUAAAAUUACUUUUGUUCCCCAGGUAAAAGAGCAAAGCUGCUCUCUCUGCCCACAGCACCUGGGAUCAGGCAGCAGUGAUGUCCAUCUCAUUGUGUGCCCUCAAACUCUUUACCUCUUGUUCUCCCUUAAACAGGAAGAUCUUCCUCCUCGUUUGAUCAUAGAAAACAUGCUUAAGGUAGAAAAUACCUUAACUUUAUCAUCUACCCCAAAUUCAUAAUUCCGAGUAUGACAUUAAAACUAGAGAGAUUGCUUUAAGAGAUUUUUCUCCAACAAGAAAUCCCCUUUUAAAUAAAAGUUUUUAAAUUAUAAUUAUUUGUUCUUACCUAUUUAGUAUGUUAAAACCUUUUAUUUAACUUAAAAUAUAUACACACAUAUAUACAUAUAUGUGUGUAUAUAUACAUAUAUAAUGAUUUUGAGCUUACAACUGCUUUAAAUCAAUCCUUGAUGGUUGUCAGCCAGAGCUUCUAGCAGCUGGCAGCCCUGCUCCCUGUGAUAGUGAGCCUAAGGGACCGAAAUGCUCACCUCACUAGUUGGCUAGUUGACCCCAUUCUGAGAGAUUUUAAGUACAGUAGUUGUGGGUUAUUUACAAUGUUAACCAUUUCACUUUAAAAUAUGAACCAAUAAAAAGGGGAGCUGGCUAAGUGCUGAGUUCCCACACUAGGUAUCUUUGAAAUAAGCCCAAGGAAUCCUGACCCUUAAUCAGGCAACAAUAGGGAAGGCUGAAAACAAAAUGAGUAAACACCCGAAAGAACUCAUCACUUAAGACUCACUAACAUCCUGCCUCUGUGUGCUCUCAGAACAUACACGAGGAAGAAUUAGCAUCUCCCACUCAUGUGCUCUAAUGGUGGUCACUCCACAUGAAGAUCAGAUAUUGGUAGCCAAGCCUGAGUUCUGCAGACAGACAGAUUCCCAUUUCACCGGCUCUCAAGCUCUGGCCCAACAGAGAUGCUCCAGUACAGUCACAAUAAGGACUAGUGGCGGGGGAGCCUGUUGGCAUUAAAUUGUUUACAUUUCUUUAUAAAAUAAUGUGCUUUCGGUGCCUUAGUUACAGGUCCCUUUCUUUUCCUGUUCCAAGAAUUCUAUAAUGUGUUCUCAGAUAAAGUCUCUCCUUGUUACUCACUAGGAGGAAAAAUGGUAUCUCCAUCCUGGCCCCUGGUUGCCAGAAACAAAACACUAUAUUGUAACUUGGAGAAGAGCGCUGGGUGCUGAGCUGGCGGCUGCCUUGGAGUUCUUCACUCUAAGAUGAACAUGGCUUGGCCGAGCGAUGGACUUCAGACUAGAUAAGGCUCUGAAGGUGUCUUGUAACCUACCUUAAAUUUUUGUUUCAGAGACUUGGUUUUGGUACCUCGUUUUCUAAAAAGAUGAUUAUCUGGAGAACACCAGGUUUGAAAAACAACUCACAGAAUGGCCUUAGCGUUCAGUGUCCACUGGAAUGCUUGUGAGGUGUUGUCUGUAAAAUGCAUCCAGAAUAAAGUGGGGUGAACGACA